AGCAAUCGUUGGAGGACAAUGCACAUCCGGGAUAGCAAUCAUGUCAAAAGUAGAAACUAUUGAAGUGUGUAAAUAUGCGAUGGACGUGCUAAAAUUGGCGAGGAUACUAUUCAUAGACUGGAAUGGGGAAAGCGAUAUUGCAAAAGGUACGCUGCUGAAGAACCCUAGAGUCCUGUAUGUUUCCAUGCGAGAGACGUCCUGUCAACUGACUUCGGGAAUCAACUUCCGGUGGGUGGAAAAUAAUAAUGAUGACGUAAGUGACGCCAACUAUUUGGCCGCUCUCGCAAGUGUCAUUCUUCCCAUCGCCUACGAAUGGUGUCCUGACUUGAUACUUGUUGCUGGCCCCGAAGAGGGUAGAGAGGGCGGAUACGGUUUUUGUGCAUUGCCUACAUCUCCUGCGGGCUUUAGCAAAUGGCAGAGUAUUUUUGGCUUUGAAUUCACUGAACAGUGUUUACUACCAACCCUGUGUCGAGCUGUUUUUGGGAAGGCCACCACCGAGUUUUUUCAACAACAAUGCUAAACCAGCUGGACGGAUUAGAGUACACCACGCAAUAUCUCAGGCGGUGGAAGUGUUGUCAGAUAAGUGGUCAACUCUAGCCCCGUUUCGUAAACGUGUAGCCCACCAUAGUAGCAUUCCCGUUGGAAGAUAUUAAAAGCAGAUUGGUUAACAUAUUUGAUAAAAAUUACUCAGUCACUGCAUUCCAUUAAAAUAAAUUAUUAAUAUGUUAUAAGUCAACGAGUCAAAUACACUCGUUUAAUUGCUCUUUAUUGUUUCUUAAUUAUUGGCAUAGACAGUUUAGCCGUUACACAGAAAUUGACUUCAGUUAGGAACUAAAAUCAUCAAGUUUUAUUUAUGUUUACUCUAAAUUUAAUUACUGGCACUUCAAGUUAUCUACCAUCUAGUCAUAUUUCAAGUUAUCUACUGUUAUCUGAGAAAAAUUCACAUCUGGAAAUGCUUAAUAGGCAGCAAAAAUUUAUGCUUUUUAUAAGAGCAAAAAAUCAUUUGCUAAUUUAAUUGGA